UUCAUUGUAAUGGUCACAUAUGGGAGCUGAGGGUUUUAAAUUUCAUACUUUUGUAUCAAUUUACUUGUAAAUAGUACGAUAUGAAAUGACGGUCAUUAAGUGGCAUUUGUGGCAACAUUGUUGUCAUGAAGAUGCGAACGAAGAGGUCAUGGCGUUUAAUCGUGCUGAUGACCUUAUUAACUGUGAUUGGCAUUCUUCUUAUUCACAAGAUUACAUUAUUUCUAAAGAAGAAUGUUGAAGCCGGAUACAAGGAUACAUGGACAUUAAUGGCGGCAGAGAAACAUCCGGUCCGACAAUGGAGUGAUUUACCCGUCCACGUGGUGGAAGAGCAUCACGAAGUUCUGCCAUACUGGCUUCGAGCAGCUGAUCAUGGAAGAAUUUCAAAAGGGGUUACUCUUAUCCACAUAGACGGACACAGCGACAUGGCAUCGAAUUUCUAUUUGGAGGGAUAUCCAUUUUUCAAAUGGCCAAAAAGUCCUCAAGACAUAAAUAUUAUGAUGCAACGCAACGACGGUUUUAUUACGGCGGCAGCCAUGGCAGGACUGAUUAAAAACGUUAUCUGGAUUUGGCCAAAAUGGGACCAAGUGAAUCACAAUGAGUCCAGGACAUCUGGAACAAUCCACCUCGGCUGGACAAUUACAAAGCAGACCAAAAACGGUACCGACAAAGCAUUUUGUGUGUGCAUAGCAGAGGACACGGAACAGCAAAAGUCCUGCGUGUUCACGUCUGCUGAUGAAACCGACAUGGAGGUGGCGAUGGAAGAAGAUGCAUGCAUCAUCAAAAGGUCUAUCCAUUACACAGAAAUGAGAGAAGACGUGGCUAAGGAAUACCUGCAGACGACCCCUGAAGGUUUUGAUAACAUGAUACUUGACAUUGACGAAGACUUUUUUGGUUGUGAGUAUGCAUCACAGCCUCUCUAUGACCUCUCCGUUGAUUCGAACACGUUGGAUAAUUAUCUCUUUCAGCUGUUCUGCCCACUUCAUCAAAGUGGAGAGGCUUUAUUGGACAAAUAUUUGUCAGAGGUCAUUGAAUUUGUAAAGCGUACAAAGUGUAUAUCCGAAAACAAACCUGAAAAUUGUGACAGCAAAGUUAUAAGUGAGACAAAGCAGUUUUUCCUAAAGAAAAGAAGUAUUUGGCGUCCUUACAUUUGCAAAACCACGAGGAAAGAGAGGAACUCGAUUAUCGAUGGAAUAAUUAAAGAACUCUUCAAAUUAGAUUCAAAGCAAUUAAGUGCUGUACAGAAAGUUGGAUUUUGUCUAUCUACAACACGAAAAACCUACCAACUGAUAGGCCCAUCCAUGUUUACUAUAUGCAAAGGAGCUAAUUCUCCAAAUGAGACUGCUGUCACGGAACACAGAACUAACGCUAUGGAAGUGAGCACCAGGGGCCAAUUACUUAGCAACAUUCUGCAAGUAUUUAAGGAAAGUCCCCCAAAACUCGUCACUGUGUGUCGAUCUGUCCGUGAUGGGUAUACCCCAAAGAAACAUUUCGCACAGAUAGAAAGCAUAGUAUUAAAUUCCAUCCGCAAAAAUUACCGUAAGACUUUUAUCCAUUAUGACAAGGGCCUGCUUGGUGGAAAGAAAGGAUUCAAACAAUCCAAAUAAAUUCCGAUUAUCACGUCUUAAAUAUACACUAUAUUGUAACGAGUGCAAGUACAUCUACAUGUAAAUUUCAGAAGAAAGGAUCAGGAAUACACGAAGUACUCUGUAUAUUUAUGCAUGUUUAACCACCAGCGAGGUUCAUAAAUAUGGUGCUGUUUAUUGGUUCAUGUUAAUGAUAUGCUUGAUGAAAU